AUGACGUCCCCGUCAUCUCGGCCCGUUCCACCUGCAUCGCAACCAGCUGCUCCCGAAGCGGCGUCCCCUGCAGGUCGGCCCGUUCCACCUGCAUCUCACCCUCACGCAGCUGCAUCGGCGUCCCCGGCUGCUCGGCUUGUCCAGACGAAGUUGAACUUCCUUCGCCCCUCAUCUGCGCCACCGACAGCACCCACCAACGUGCCCACUCCGCCCGUACUCGAAGCUGCAGCCUCGAACCAGCCGUCAGUUCCUCCCGAGGAGCAGUAUGCCAUUGCUCUUGAAAGGGAAGCUCUUGCCGCUAAGGAUGCUGCCGAGAGCUUGCCUGUCUUCAACACGAUCGACAACACGGUCCGUGCCAUCGCCGAGCAUCUGGGCCGGUCGGGUCCAUGGCAUCAGCGCUUCAAGGACCUCCAAGAGGUUUUUACCGAGACCUUUCUGGAGCUGCAAGGGAUUCACACCGUACGGUGGCUAUCACGUGGUGAUGCCAUCGCCAGGUUUGUGGCGGUCCUGCCGGCAGUCAUCACGAUGCUGAAGGAGUGGAAUGACAAGCUGUACAAGGUGGUGACGUCGUUCCGGUUCCACUUUCUCCUGUUCUUCCUUGCCGACGUGCUUGACCAGAUGAACGUCCUGAGUAGGACGUUCCAGCGACGAGAGAUCCGCCGUACAACUGGACAUCUGGAGGCCCGUUACGUCGACUGCGGGGACGAGUUUGGCGGAGGGCUCAGUCCAAGGCUCUCGCCAUGGCUUGAGAAGCACGGCCCCGAAGACAAGCGGGAAGUCUGCAUCGAGGGCAGCGACUCGGACGGGCAGGCAUGCACCUUCACGUUCAUACUGCAUGAGGAUAAACUUGACGACUACCCCGGACCUGGGCACCAAGACGCAUGCAUCGACAUCUGCACCGAGUUCGCUGAGCUCAUCGUGGCCAACCUCCUGGAUCGGUUGGGCGACCUCGACAAGCUCUCGGGCGUGGGCUUGUUCACCCCCGACAAUUGGCCGCACGGCAGGCACGAGCGCCAAGCGAAGUGUCAGGAGCAUCUUGAGGCGCUGAUCACUCUCUUCCGGGCGGAAGAGUGCGAGGAGAUCAUACCUGUCGAGAUCUGGCGUAACUACAAGAAGCGGAAGCCGCUCAACACCUGCAACAUCUCCAGGCAGGAGGCAGAUAGGAGGCGUCGGGGGAAGGAGGAGGCAGAGGCAGGAGACCAGGCCAACCCUGUAGACCUAGAUGAAGAGGAGGAUGCAGCAGGUGCAGCUGACGGUGGUGAUGAUGAGGAUGCGAUGUGGUAUUAG